AUGUCAUCCUCAGAGUUUAACUCAGGUGAGAUCAGACAAAAAAUUGAUCGGACUGCAACACCGACGAAUAAAGGGAUAUGCCUUCAGGAUUCUCGGAGUGAACCAACUUCGUAUGCUCCUACUUCUUGUCACCAGCCCUCUAAUCACUCUUGCGAUCUUCACAAUGGAAGUACACACCAGCAAAAUGAUGCAACUACUGCAGCUAAUUCUGCUCGUACUCUCUCAAACUUACUUACUGAUCCAAGCGUCACUCUUCCACUGGGAAAUAUGAACAAGAAUGAUGUACAUUUUGUAGAUGAUUUGUCGGAAUCGUGUGUCGAAGAUGGAUCAUUAAAAAUUGAAAGUAGUUAUCCACUCAUUGCUGAUCUGCAACAAUUUCGUUUGCAAAAUCAUAUCUGCAUGCCGAUUGGUGAUAUUAUUGAGCAGCAGGAUCUUCAUUCGGAAACAAUUGAUGAUGUCCUGGAUGAGCAGCGACGCUUGCUGGAUGAUCCAAACACCAAACCUUCCGAAUUCCUUGAAAAAACAGAUGGAACAGUUGGUGUCAUCACUACAGGAGCGGGAGAAGUUAUGGGGUCAUUUGAUAAGUCACUGCAUGAUGUAACAUCUAUCGUUCAGAAUGCAUCGUCUUUUCGUGUUUCAGUGAAUAGACGUCUAGUUGAUAUUCAAGGCGGUUCAUAUCAAUAUCCACUUCAUAAUGCUGUCGCUGUGGGACGCCCUGUAAACGAUGCUUCGAGAAUCGAAGACGCUGUAGCAAGUAAAUGCUCACUGAUGGGAGCUGAUGAAGUACCAUAUAUGGGCUGGCAAGCAUCCAAAAGCACGUUGAAGGAACGUUUUGCGUUUUUGUAUUGCAACGAAAUUCUUGCUGAUGUUUGGUUUGUUGUUGGCCGUGGCGAACUAACGCAGAGAAUUCCUGCACAUAAAUUCGUACUAAUUACUGGUUCAGCUGUUUUUGAUGCGAUGUUUAACGGUGGGCUGGCGAACAAUGCAAUUGUGGCAGAAACAAAUAAUGUAGAAGGUAGCCAAGAUAUCGACUUGCCUGAUAUCGAGCCUGGAGCUUUCUUGGCUUUGCUCAAAUUUCUUUACACAGAUGACGUUUCUUUUGGACCAGAAAUUGUAAUGACGACUCUUUAUACAGCCAAAAAGUAUGCGGUGCCAGCUAUGGAGCUCGCUUGUGUUGAUUUUUUGAAACGAAAUCUUGGUGCUGACAACGCUUUCAUGUUGCUAACUCAGGCUCGAUUGUUUGAUGAGCCGCAGUUAGCUGCCCUUUGUUUAGAUAUAAUUGACAGAAAUACGAUUGAAGCUUUGAAUGCAGAAGGUUUCACGGAAAUUGAUUUGGACACACUUUGUGUAGUUUUGAAACGAAACACUUUGCGAGUUCGUGAAGUGCCAUUGUUUCUCGCAGUACUUCGGUGGAGUGUGGAAGAGUGUCGCCGUCGGACCUUGACCGUCAAUGCAGAGAAUCAACGAACAGUGCUUGGCAGAGCUUUACAUAUGAUACGCUUUCCUCUGAUGACAAUUGACGAAUUUGCCCAGCAUGCUGCUCAGACAGGUAUACUAACCGAUCGUGAAUUGGUCAGUCUUUUUCUGUAUUUUACGGUGAAUCCUAAACCACAGAUUGAAUUUCUGGAUGUUCCACGCUGUUGUGUGUUUGGUAAGGAAGUAGUAGUUAGUCGUUUCCAACGCGUCGAAGGGCGCUGGGGAUAUAGCGGUACACCAGAUCGUAUUAAGUUUACUGUUGAUAGAAGGAUCUAUGUUAUUGGCUUCGGUUUGCAUGGAUCAAUUCAUGGCCCUCAUGAAUACCAAGUUACUAUUCAGAUUCUUCAUUGUGGCACGGGAAAAAUUUUGGCAAGUAAUGAUACGUCAUUUUCCUGUGAUGGAUCAUGCGGCACAUUUCGAGUGUUAUUCAGGGAACCUGUGGAAAUCAGCCCUUGUGUUACUUAUAUCGCUUCUGCACGUUUGAAAGGUCCUGAUUCUCACUAUGGUACCAAAGGUUUGCGGCGUAUUGUUCAUCAGUCCCCCUCAACUGGAGUCAUAACCUUUCAGUUUACUUAUGCUGCCGGUAAUAAUAAUGGCACAUCCGUCGAAGAUGGACAAAUCCCAGAAAUUAUAUUCUGCACGAAAAUUAUUUAA